CCGGAUUGGGUGGGGGGCGGGGCGGCGGAGGGAUUGCGGCAGCCUUGUAGUCGGGAUAACCUUGAGGCUGAGACUGCCAGCUUCGCAUUGAAGAGACGCGCACAGUCUUCUGACCUCUCUGCAGAGAACGCGAAGCCACAGCCGGACCACGCCGGAGGGCCUCAGAAGCCAUGUCGAAGCCCCAUAGUGAUGUCGGAACUGCCUUCAUCCAGACCCAGCAGCUGCAUGCAGCCAUGGCUGACACGUUCCUGGAGCACAUGUGCCGCCUGGACAUUGACUCGCCACCCAUCACGGCCCGGAACACUGGCAUCAUCUGUACCAUUGGCCCAGCUUCCCGGUCGGUGGAAAUGUUGAAGGAGAUGAUUAAAUCUGGAAUGAAUGUGGCUCGUCUGAACUUCUCUCAUGGAACUCACGAGUACCAUGCAGAGACCAUCAAGAACGUGCGUGCAGCAACAGAAAGCUUUGCUUCUGAUCCCAUUCUCUACCGGCCAGUGGCUGUGGCCCUGGAUACUAAAGGACCCGAGAUCCGAACUGGGCUCAUCAAGGGCAGUGGCACCGCGGAGGUGGAACUGAAGAAAGGAGCCACUCUCAAGAUCACUCUGGAUAAUGCCUACAUGGAAAAGUGUGAUGAGAACACUCUGUGGCUGGACUACAAGAACAUUUGCAAGGUGGUAGAAGUGGGCAGCAAGAUCUAUGUGGACGAUGGGCUUAUUUCUCUGCAGGUGAAGGAGAAAGGUGCCAACUUCCUGGUGACGGAGGUGGAGAAUGGUGGCUCCUUGGGCAGCAAGAAGGGCGUGAACCUCCCUGGGGCUGCUGUGGACCUGCCUGCUGUGUCAGAAAAGGACAUCCAGGAUCUGAAGUUUGGGGUGGAGCAGGAUGUAGAUAUGGUGUUCGCGUCUUUCAUCCGCAAGGCAUCAGAUGUCCACGAAGUCAGGAAGGUCCUGGGAGAAAAAGGAAAGAACAUCAAGAUAAUCAGCAAAAUCGAGAAUCACGAGGGAGUGCGGCGGUUUGAUGAGAUCCUGGAAGCCAGUGAUGGGAUCAUGGUGGCUCGUGGUGAUCUGGGCAUUGAAAUUCCUGCAGAGAAGGUCUUCCUUGCUCAAAAGAUGAUGAUCGGGCGGUGCAACCGAGCUGGGAAGCCUGUCAUCUGUGCCACGCAGAUGCUGGAGAGCAUGAUCAAGAAGCCCCGUCCCACCCGGGCUGAGGGCAGUGAUGUGGCCAAUGCAGUUUUAGAUGGAGCCGACUGCAUCAUGCUGUCUGGAGAAACAGCCAAAGGGGACUACCCCCUGGAGGCUGUGCGCAUGCAGCACCUGAUUGCCCGUGAGGCAGAGGCCGCCAUCUACCACUUGCAAUUAUUUGAGGAACUCCGCCGCCUGGCGCCCAUUACCAGCGACCCCACAGAAGCUACCGCCGUGGGUGCCGUGGAGGCCUCCUUCAAGUGCUGCAGUGGGGCCAUAAUCGUCCUCACCAAGUCUGGCAGGUCUGCUCACCAGGUGGCCAGAUACCGCCCCCGUGCCCCCAUCAUUGCUGUGACCCGGAAUCACCAGACAGCUCGCCAGGCCCACCUGUACCGUGGCAUUUUCCCUGUGGUGUGUAAGGACCCAGUGCAGGAGGCCUGGGCGGAGGACGUGGACCUCCGGGUCAAUUUGGCCAUGAAUGUUGGAAAGGCUCGAGGCUUCUUCAAGAAGGGAGAUGUGGUCAUCGUGCUGACUGGCUGGCGCCCUGGUUCCGGCUUCACUAAUACCAUGCGUGUAGUACCUGUGCCAUGAUGGGCUUCAGAGCACCUCCUCCAGCCCCUGUCCCGUCCCUUUCCCCAAAACCAUCCUUUAGACCAGCAAUGCUUAUAGUGCUCACUUGUGGCUGUAGUGCGUCACUGGUGGGUUGGGACACCAGAGAAGAUUAAUGCUUCUAUGAAACAUGGCUGUUUUUAAGACCCUGCUCAGGUGAGGUACUCCAGAGCCAGGCUAUGGCUUCACCUAAGCAAGAGAGAAGCAGGGGUGCAGGACUGGAGGCCCCAGAGCUUAACACAGAGGGCAGCAGCUCCUGCUUUUCCUUUGCACAGUCCAUUCAGUUCCUGUAGAAACGGGUACUCAGAACCCUCAAGCCUGGCCUGGAGUCAGUAGACAGCCAGCAAGAGAGGAGCCUUUGGGUGUGAGGCAGUGGUUCCAGUUUAGUAGAGUCUGGCCCUGGCCUUUACUUUCUUCUCCAACCCCCUCAGCCUCCUUCACUCCCACCUUGUGCACUGUGCACUUCUGUUCCUACACUCCACUCAGCUAUUGCUGCAGACAAACACUUCACCCCUCCAACUUCAUUUUCCCUACUACUGCAGCCACCUCCAGGCCUGUUGCUAUAGAGCCUACCUGUAUGUCAAUAAAUAGCAGUUGAAGCA